AAACCCCUGCACUACGGGACCCUCCUGGGCAACAGAGCUUGUGCCCACAUGGCAGCAGCUGCCUGGGCCACUGGCUUUCUCAAUGCUCUGCUGCACACAGCCAAUACAUUUUCCCUGCCCCUGUGCCAGGGCAAUGCCCUGGGCCAGUUCUUCUGUGAAAUCCCCCCCAUCCUCAAGCUCUCCUGCUCACACUCAGGCUACCUCAGGGAAAUUGGGCUUAUUGUGGUUAUUUGCUGUGUAGCAUUUGGUUGUUUUGUUUUCCUUGUUUUCUCCUAUGUGCAGAUCUUCAGGGCUGUGCUGAGGAUCUCGUCUGAGCAGGGAAGGCACAAAGCCUUUUCCACGUGCCUCCCUCACCUGGCUGUGGUCUCCCUGUUCCUCAGCACUAUCAUGUUUUCCAACCUCAAGCCCCCCUCCAUCUCCUCCCCAUCCCUGGAUCUGGCCCUGUCAGUUCUGUACUCAGUGGUGCCUCCAGCACUGAACCCCCUCAUC